CUGGAAGGAAGGAUCCCUGAAUGAAUGCCUGCCUGCCCUGCCUCGCAGUUUCUUGUCUGCUGCCCUUGUUUCUCGACUCCUUCCUCCUCCUACUCCCUACGUUUUUCUUCCCCUCCCUUUCUCUCUCCCUCCGAGUGUCCUCUUCUCCUGCUCCUCCUCCUCCACUCUUUUAAUGUGACGCUCCUCUCGUGAUUUCCCCUGUCUCCUUUCUCUCCUCCUCCUCAUGCCAUGGCGUCUACGCGCGCUCAUUCCAUCGCCUGGCCCGAUUGGAUCGCUGGCUUGCUAUUCGUUGGCUGGGACACGCUUGUUCAACGCUUCCAUGCCCGCCAUGUUCCCCGUCGUCUGCCCCUUCCCUCCCUCUCUCACCUCACCGUCAUGAUCACUGGCGCCACCUCCGGCAUUGGCCUCGACACUGCCAGAGCUCUGGCUCUCUCAGGAGCCCAUGUGGUUUUCGCCGUUCGCAACACCAAUGCUGCCAAUGACCUCAUAUCUCAGUGGCAGAUCAGUCAACCUCAUGGCCAACCGCCCCUCCAGUGCGAGGUGAUGGAGCUGGACUGUCUUUCUUUACAAUCUGUCCGCACACUUGGUGAAACUUGGGAGGCUCGAAAACUACCGCUGAACCUACUAAUCAACAACGCUGGAAUAUUCUGCAUGACUGGCCCCCAGAAAUUUUCGAAAGAUGGCUGUGAGCAGCACAUGCAAGUGAAUCAUCUCGCCCCAGCUCUUCUGACCGUGCUUCUUUUACCAUCAUUAGCGCGUGGAGCCCCUUCUCGAGUGGUUAUGGUUAACUCCAUAAUGCAUUACGUGGGUUUUAUUUCGCCAAGAGAUUUGAGCAUGAAAGCCGAAGGAAGAAAAUAUAAUAAUACUUGUGCUUACUCGAACAGCAAGCUUGCACAGGUUAUGUUCUCCAAUCUACUCCAGCGUAGGCUACCUAAGGAAGCUGGAAUUGACGUUGUCUGUGUGCACCCCGGGGAGGUCAAAUCCAAAGUGGCACGGGACUUGCCUAAACUCAUUCAAAUUGCUUAUCAUAAAUUGUUCUUUCUCUUUAACUCUGAAGAAGGUGCUCGGAGUGUGUUAUUCUGUGCGACUGACAAGCUGGUUCAAGAUCAUGCCCGCCAUCUGCGUAGUCUCGGCUACCCUUUGGCUCCAUAUUUUGGGCCAGAUCUAAAGAUCUGGUCUGUCGCUAAACAGGCACUUGACGUGGAGAAGGCUCACCUGGUUUGGGAAGAGACACUUAAAUUGGUCGAUUUACCAGCAGACUGCAUUGAUACAGCCCUCUCUGGCAGUUUUCUGACCUGAAACACCCAUUAUUUUAGAAGAGAUGUGAUUGGAGAGGGGAUGUAGUUCUGCUUCUUUGGAUAGCAUUUGAUUUGUACAGUAACGUCUUCAAUUGUCACCACUCUUAUUGUGGUCAGUACCUGAGCUUGCUUCUUUUACUGUUUUUUCCAUUUUGCUAGCUGUAACAUGGGUUAACAUUACUCAUAAAUGCUAUGUUAUGCUUCAGCCUCUUCUAUUUAUUUAUUUGUUUAUUUUAGUAUCAGGGGUACCUUUGUGCUAGUUUCCAUCAGGCAAAGUGGGAAUUCAUGGUCGGGAAUUGAACUAACCAAUUUGAACUUUUUUGGUGCCAUCUGUCAUCAUGUAACGGGCGAUCGUCGCUAUAUAUUGGUCUAUUUUGAAACCAAGUGCAUUCUUGCAAAGAAA